UUAAAAAGAGAUAGUAACAGAGAGAGAGAGUUUGUAUGUGUUUGUGUUUGUGAGGGUUAAUGCGGCAGCGAGGAAGAGCACACAACCGCCGAUCGAGGAGCUUUACCAGAUCUCGCGUUGCCAUUGAGGGUUCAUAGUACCUUACCUUACCUAUAUUGUCUCCUCUUUUUUUCUCGUUCCAGUUUUUGUCAUUUUGUCUUCUACAUUUCGCUCACAAUGGCUGCUAGAAUUCAAGGAGAGGAGCGAGAGGUGCAGAAGAACUUUUGGAUCGAGCAUUCUGCCGAUCUUACCGUUGAGGCUAUGAUGCUCGAUUCCAAAGCCUCUGAUCUUGACAAAGAGGAGCGUCCUGAAGUGCUUUCACUACUCCCACCAUAUGAAGGAAAAUCUGUUUUGGAACUUGGAGCGGGUAUCGGCCGUUUUACUGGUGAAUUAGCUAAGAAGGCUGGCCAGCUUAUUGCUUUGGACUUCAUUGACAGUGUGAUAAAGAAGAAUGAAAGCACCAAUGGACACUACAAGAAUGUCAAGUUUAUGUGUGCAGAUGUGACAUCCCCGGACCUGAAAAUUUCUGAUGAAUCACUGGACUUUAUAUUCUCCAAUUGGCUACUUAUGUAUCUUUCAGAUAAAGAGGUGGAGGAUUUGGCAGAAAGAAUGGUCAAGUGGUUGAGGGUUGGUGGGUUUAUUUUCUUUAGAGAGUCUUGUUUCCAUCAAUCUGGAGACAGCAAGCGAAAGUACAACCCAACCCACUAUCGGGAGCCCAGAUUUUAUACAAAGAUCUUUAAAGAGUGCCAUGUACUUGAUGGUUCUGGAAAUUCCUUUGAACUCUCUUUUGUUGGCUGCAAAUGCAUUGGAGCUUAUGUGCGAAACAAAAAGAAUCAGAACCAGAUUUGCUGGAUAUGGCAAAAAGUCAGGUCUGAGGAUGAUAGGGGGUUCCAGCGUUUCUUAGACAAUGUUCAGUAUAAAUCUAGUGGCAUAUUACGUUAUGAGCGUGUCUUUGGACAAGGUUUUGUGAGCACAGGAGGGAUAGAUACAACUAAAGAAUUUGUGCAAAAGUUGGAACUUAAGCCUGGCCAGAAGGUCCUAGAUGUUGGAUGUGGCAUUGGGGGAGGUGACUUUUAUAUGGCUGAGAACUUUAAUGUGGAUGUUGUUGGGAUUGAUCUCUCCAUAAAUAUGGUUUCUUUUGCUCUUGAACGUGCUAUUGGACUGAACUGCUCAGUUGAAUUUGAAGUUGCUGAUUGCACUAAGAAAACAUAUCCUGAGAAUUCAUUUGAUGUGAUAUACAGCCGAGACACCAUUUUGCACAUUCAAGACAAACCUGCAUUAUUCAGAUCCUUCUACAAGUGGUUGAAGCCUGGAGGUAAAGUUCUUAUCAGUGAUUACUGCAAGAAUGCUGGAACGCCAUCUCUGGAAUUUGCUGAAUAUAUUAAGCAAAGAGGAUAUGAUCUCCAUGAUGUUAAAUCAUAUGGCCAGAUGCUUCGUGAUGCUGGUUUUACUGAUGUCAUUGCAGAGGAUCGUACUGAGCAGUUUAUUCAAGUUCUGCAGCGGGAAUUGAAUGCUGUUGAGAAGGACAAGGAUGCAUUCAUUGAGGACUUUUCUGAGGAAGACUACAAUGACAUAGUUGGUGGAUGGAAAGCAAAGCUGACUAGGACUUCAUCUGGCGAGCAGAGAUGGGGCCUGUUCAUUGCCAGUAAAAACUGAUUCUGUUUCAGAUCAUUUUCCCUGGCUGUUGUAGCUUUUAAUAUAUGUAUUUUCAACAAUCUUUGGUGUUGAUUGUGUGCUUUUAGCUGAUGGUUGAUGACCAUCCUAUAUUUGCUGCAUUCUCAUCUCACCUAAACUUUAUCUUUGAAUAAUGAGAUAGAGAAUAGCUAAUGAACUUUUGUAUAAAAGAACAAGCAGUUGGAACUAGGAAGUUUAUCUUUGCUUCGUUUAAUGAUAUCAGUGGUUUGUUAUUGGAAAUAAAAUUGUAACUUGGGUAUCUGGAAAAAAUCAAUAUUAUGAUUGAGUGUGCGUUUGGCAUGGAUGAAA